AUGAUGAUUAUUUUUAUCAGAUAACUCAUAUAUCUAGAAUGAUUUGAUUAGUACAGAAUAUGACAGCAUUGGAAAGUGAGGACUAAAUGUCAAAAUGAAAAAGAUAAACUUAAAUAUUCUUGUAAUAUUGUAUAUUACAUCUGUAGUGCUAGCUGAUGAUGCACCACGCUGCUUUCAAUUUACAUGGAUAGUACCAACAGAUGACAAUAAACCUGAUAAAUUUAAUUGUUCUAUAUCUAAGAAUGCUCCUUGUGUUGCGCCUGUAUUCAGAACAGAUAAAUUACCAACUAUACCUGAACUGUUAGAGCAGCAGGAAAAUACAACUUGUCUUUUGACAACUGGCAGUGUUUGUGUGAAAUACACUUUUAUGUUCAAUAAUGACAUAGUGAAUAUAUCAUCGUUUUGUGGUAAGAUAGUAGAAGACCAUGUAUCAGCUAUCACAUCAGGAUGUUAUCAACAACAACUAGAUGGUCAUACAAUUGAAGUUUGUGCUUGCAAAACUAAAAGAGGAAAAGACAUAUGCAAUGCAUCAGUUAAUAUAACUUAUUCUGGAUUUCUAUUAUUAAUAACUUUAUUAUUUACAUCCAUAAAUAUUAGUUAUAAAGGUUCUCUAACAACAUUUUGUAAUAUGUAGAUUUUGAUAUAAGUUUAAUUA